AUGAAAUCAAGUAUUCCAAUCACUGAAGUGUUGCCAAGAGCAGUAGGUUCAUUAACAUUCGAUGAAAAUUACAAUUUGCUGGAUACAUCUGGUGUAGCAAAAGUCAUCGAAAAGUCACCAAUUGCAGAAAUAAUCAGGAAAUCAAAUGCUGAAUUAGGUAGGCUGGGCUACUCCGUUUACGAAGAUGCUGAAUAUAUAGGUCAUGCCUUCAAGAAAGCUGGCCAUUUCAUCGUAUACUUUACUCCAAAGAACAAAAACAGAGAGGGCGUUGUUCCUCCUGUAGGAAUCACCAAUUAG